AUAAAAUUAUUUACUUCCAGUUCCAAUGGAUAUAUGUGCCUGGUUUUCUAUCAAAGAGAUGCAAACAUUGUUGAACUGGAAACAGGAGAGAAAACUAGAAGAUUACAAGAUGCGUGCCAAUCGCACUAUUAUAAAAGUAAAGCAGAGUUUACAACUCUAGUUGCACCCUUAGCCGAUAACGACGUGUGCCCUCAGUUAGUAGAGACUGAUGGAUUGAAGAUAAAUGCAGGAAAAGUUAGUUUACGUUCAGAAGAUUGCAGAGGUAGCACAGCUCACGUGGUGGGAUGCAGAAGCAAAGAUACUUUAGAAUUUUUAACGACAUGCGCUUCAUUUAAAGAUCGUAUGACAUUUCAGUGCCACGGAUGGUGGGAGGAGAACGAGAAAACUUAUCUCAUUGCUGGACUUAAAAAUUCCAAGACUAAAUACUGUUUUGUGUACACAAUCGACGGAAUUGUUACCAAAUUAUCAGCAUUGUAUGACACAUGCCAUAGAGGUAUCAUGCCUGGAAUUACAGGGAACCUCACUUUUAACAUUACGGCAGCAGGUAAAUGUGAAUACCUUCUAAAUCGAGCUCCGAGCCAAAAGAGUCUCAUAAAUCCCUUUAUGUUAUUAAUGGUGGCCUGUGCCUUGAUGCGGUGACAGGCUCUGUGAUGGACAUCUACAAGAUAAACAAAA